AUGUCUAGGAUCUUGAUGGAUAGAUUUGGCUUAGGCCAGGAGAGAGGAAGGAGCAGAAGACAGCGAAUCCCUAAGUCACCAUCCAAGAGUUCUUUUGCAGACAGCAGGCUUUUUCCUCGAGAUGUUUCUCAUUAUUACAAGGCACAUCCAGUAUCUUUCAAUGAAGAAGAUUCCUCAGGUGCUUUGAGAAGUAAGCUGUACAAUUCAUCCUCGAGGGAAUUGUACUUCAAGCAGUGUUUUGAGGAGGUGAAGAAGUUAGGAGAAGGCUCCUUUGGUGAAGUCUUCAAAGUCAAGAGCCGUGAAGAUGGGAAAUAUUAUGCAGUAAAGAGAUCAAGACAGACAUUCCGCAAUGAAUCUGACAGGAGGAGAAAGCUAGAAGAGGUGCAGCGCUAUGAACGUCUUCCCUCACAUCCAAAUUGCGUUCGUUUUUAUUGUGCAUGGGAAGAACGAUGGCGUCUUUACAUUCAAACUGAACUCUGCAUGAUGAGCCUUGAUGAAUUUUGCUUGUCAACUUCUGAAAUCCCUGAGUACCUCAUUUGGAACUAUCUAGUCGACUUGCUCAUGGCUGUGAAGCAUUUGCAUGAGCACCAAAUGGUACACUUGGACAUAAAGCCAGAAAAUAUCUUCCUUACCAAAGAUGGAUUUGCCAAGUUGGGAGAUUUUGGACUGGUCUGGGACAUGAGGAAGGGAGAUGAUGCAUCUGAUGGGGAUGCAAAAUACUUGGCUCCAGAGGUGAUAACCGGGGAAGUGACCCCAGCUGCCGAUAUCUUUUCUAUUGGUAUCACCAUUCUUGAAAUGGCUUCUGAUCUUGAUCUCCCUGGUGAAGGACCAGCUUGGCAUCUCCUUCGUAAAGGUUACCUCCCAGAUCACCUACUCACUCAUAUAUCAGAGGAAUUGAAGAACAUAAUGAGGAGGAUGAUGAAUCCAAAACCAUGGGAUCGACCACUGGCAAGAGAACUUCUCAAUGAAGCUCCUUUCACUAAAUUGGUCAGGAAAAGGAAACUCCUCUUUCGAUGGAUCUCUCUGAAAUGCUGUUUGCAUUCCAUUCUGUUAUGGUUUUGGUAUUGCUUCUUCGUGAUCCUGGGUCCACUCAUCAGGAAAAGAUCAGGGGAUCUUCCUCAUCCACAAUCCUCUAACUAUUCUGAAAACCAAGACAACAGCUUCUCAGAUGAGGAGAAUGACAUGAGCGUUCAGACGCACAAAUCAAGUGAGAGUUUUUCAUCAUCAUCAAGCAAUGGUGUGACAUUCAAUCUGGACCCAAACAUCUCGUCUGGGGGUUGGAAGCCCCAACAUCCGCUUCCAUUAAAUUCCACUCCACUUCGAGCAAACAUGACAGAAGGCAGAGUGGCACCCAAUGGACUUCUCACACCCACAACUAUAGCCAGUGCACAGAAAGGGUUCAUCUAUGAGAGUACACCAACUUCCAUUCGAAACAAGAGUCGGUUUCGACUGCGAUUAGAGACUCCCUUGCGAGAUGGUUCCCCAGAACUCCGUUCUGAUUCCAGCGAGAAUGCAAGCAGUUCAGGUAUGAGAAAGCAUAUUGAAGAAGAGGGAGGAGGAGUGGAAGUGGAUGUAGAGUACAUCUCAGGUGGGUGUAAUCCAAGUCCAAACUGUUCUGACUGGGGGAAAAAUGACAUCAUCAUCUAUGGUUCCUCCCAUUCCAUCUCUCUUGCCUUCUCACAGAACAAUGUGUAUGUGGUGAAAGAGACACUCCAGGGGCACAAGGGAAGAGUGAACUGUGUGAAAUGGAUUCGGAGGAAACACGGUGCAGCAGAAUCGGAGUUCGUGUCUGGUGGAGCAGACUCACUUGUGUUCUUAUGGAGCAUGGACGGCAAAGAUGUUGGUUCUAUGCGUUCCUAUGCCCUUCAAGGUCACUCCAGUAGUGUGACCCAAGUGGAUGCCAUGGAAUGGGAUGAUGGGAGGAAGACCGUGGUCUCCGCUUCUGUUGAUUCCACCGUCUGCAUUUGGGAAGCUCCUAAAAGUGGGAGUGAAAUGGAGUUGGAAUGCAAGGGGAAGUUGAGUUUAGGCUUGUCCAUGGGCAUUCACCUUGCAUCUCUUCCCAAUCCUUUGAAGUCUCAACCAGUUCUCUUCUUUGCUACUGAUGACUCUCGUGUUCAUCUGUAUUCCCCAUCUCAGAAUGACUUUCCCAGGCUCCACUCUCUCAUUGGUCACCAGGACUGGGUUCGUGCACUGGAUUCUGUCAUCAUCACAGGUGAG